GGUUCUUCAUCUUUUUGUUCCAUUGUCUCCUAUCCAAGCAGAUAAGGGAUGGAAUGAGUCAUUGGCAGAGUAGACGAAAUGGAGAGUAUGGCGUGAGUGGAACAACAAUAACGAGGCAGACUGCAAUAACCUCAGAGACCGCACAACCAAGUACAUCGCAACAGGAAUCAUCCAAAGCAGAAGCGGGAGAAUUAAAUGAGGACGAUGCUAACGUUGCAACAAAAGAGACAAGACGCGAUGCUGAUUAUAUUGAAAAAUCGAAAGAACUCUUGAGAGAACGACAGGCAGAUAUAGAUAAAAAGCAAAAAUCCCUUGCUGACGAACUCCGAGCUAAAUUAGGUGGACAAAGUGGAGUCGCUACAGACACAAUCAAAGUAACAAGUAUUAAAAGAAAAGAUGAGGGUCCUGAGUGUGUAUCAUUGGCAAACGAUUCAUCUAGUGAGGAAAAGAAAUUUAAUGAUACUACGGAAGACCAGUCAUCGAAUAAUUCAGAAUGGUCAACGGAAACUGAAUCUCCAACUAAUUCGACAAUCAUUGUAGCACAUUCUGAUGAUUUGAAACAAACAUCAAACCAAAAUGCUGAUCCUAAGGAAAGGACAGUUUCAAAAUUAUAUGAAGAAGCAUGUAUUGAGAAGGAUGAUGUCCUAGAGUUAGAGGUUACGGUAGUUACAUCAUCACCUCUACCUAAACGAAGAUCGGAUUCCAUCUCAUCUAAUGAAGACGAGAUUGCUGUCAGAAAUUCAAGUCAAACUACAGAAAGCAAGGAAAGUAUUAUAAGCGUAUCGCACAGAAAAUCGGAUCAUACCAGUUCAGAUAGUGAGGAAGACCUAAACUCAAUACCAUUGAUCGUACAACAACCUAGCAGUGAAAUAGAAAAUGUCGAUUCAUUUUGGAGUUUACCUCCAACGAUAUCAGAUGGCAACUUAGUGGACUUUCCAGGAAAGUUAUCUAUGAGCGAUGAAGAAAACUGGUCAAAGGAUACACAAAUUACAGAUCUAAAUAGGUCAGAGCCAGGACUUAUAUCUGAUGCAACAGACGAAACAUCGAGAAUAUCUGAUUUCUCAACACAAAGUGCGCCUGCUGAUUUAAUUACUUCAUUGCAUGGUAAAAAAGAUACAAAGUUAGAAGAAAUUAUUCCAGAAUCUUCAAUUGCAUAUUGCACUUCCUCUUCUACUGAAACAUUGGGCGGUGAAACACAAGACACCGACUUGAAAGCAAGCAUAACAGAUUCGCUGGAGAGUCUUAGCCAAACUGACGAAACAAAGAUACCAGAAUCAGAAGACAACAACAAAGAACGUCCGAGUUCAGAACAAUCAAUGGACAUUCGGAAAAUUACAGAUACAGACGAUGAAGAACCCAUAGAGGAUACCACCGAAGCAGAAUCUAAGAACACCACAGAGAACGACGACAGCUGCUCAGAACAUAAUACAAAAUUGUGAAGAUGGUGAAGUUUCACAUUUAAAAAAAAAAAAUCUUUAUUUUACUUUUUGAAACCAUAGUAUUUUCCUUUGUGUUAAAUAAAUUGAAUAGAAAGUGCUAGGAAAAACUGUAAAUAACCCCAGCAGCUGAAUAAAAAUAGGCGGGGUAAUAACAAACAAGUUGUAGUUUCACAAAAAUCAUUAUUUCAUUCAUUAAUAUAUUUAAUGUAAAAUUCACAAAAAAACAUUUCUAUUCAUAAAAACAAAUUGAACAAUCAUUUUCCAUAUUUAUUCAAACAGUUUUGUUACAACAAGAUUUUGUCAAGGAUCCACGUUUUUAAACACACUUUUCAUUUUCAUUAUGUUGAUUUUGUAAUUUAAUCAUUGGUUCUUAUUUAUUUAUUUAUUUAUUUAUUAUUCAUACUGUCAUUCAAAUAUUUAUUGAUAUAGUAUUACACAUUUCAUUACAUAUGUUUCAUUUUCAUUGACAUAUGAUUACAAGUAAUUGAAAGGAUUUAAUGUGCGAAGAAUAAAAAAUGAUACAUUUUUUCAAUUCUACUUUAAUAAAAGAAUAUCUGCAAUUAUUGUUAUUUUUCAACUGCACGUAAAGAAAAAGUAUGGUAACGAUGUUGAUCCUAGACUAGAUAUAUAAUCAGUAUGGUCCGUUUAUGCUUGAAAUCUACUAGUAUUUAAUUUUGAUAUUAUU